UCAGGAUAUGAGGUACGGAGUGUACUGCCCACCUGUACACAACCAGGAGGUCUAUAUAUAAAGAGUUACCGGCAUCUGUCAAACAGUCAGUCCUGUUGCAGUGGACCACGCGUCACUUAGUCCGACUUUGCACACCUGUAGUAGUUGCAAGUAUGAAGGGCCCGGCUUUAAUCGUCUUCCUGUUCGUCGUGUACGUGCUGCCGUGCUCGCUAGGGGUCAGGCUCAUAGCGGCCGUGCCGGCGGUGGGCCUCCUCUUGUUCACCUGGUUCGGUCCCCCCGAGAAGCGCCUGGGAUCGGCCGGCAAGGCCGUGCUGGUGACCGGUUGCGACACCGGCAUCGGUAACGCUCUGGCCCGGUACCUGGACAAGCUGGGCUUCCGAGUAUUCGCCGGUUGCCUGUACGCGGACGGGGAGGGGGCGGCGGAGUUGCGUGGGCGGUGCUCCGACCGGCUCCUUGUGCUGCAGAUGGACGUGACGGACACGGAUCAGGUGUCGUCAGCAGCAGCCCAGGUGCACAAGAUCAUCCGGGACAACAACGAAAGUUUGUGGGGAGUGGUCAACAACGCAGCUGUGAACGGGCUUGGGGAGUUGGAGUGGAUAAGCCUGGACCAGUUUAAGUCUGUGACGGAGGUGAACCUCUGGGGCAGCAUUAGGGUCAUCCAGGCUUUCCUGCCCCUCAUCCGCCGCAGCAAAGGUCGCAUCGUCAACAUGAGCAGCAUCAGUGGCCGGAUGAGCUUCCCGUGCAGCUCGCCCUACUGCCUCACCAAGUACGCCGUGGAGGCCAUGUCGGACUCGCUCCGCCACGAGAUGUACAAAUGGGACGUGAAAGUGGUGCUGGUGGAGCCCGCCAACUUCGCCGGAGCAAGCAAUUUUUUCACGAAGGAGAACAUCGAGAAGAUCUUGCAAGGAGUGUGGAGCACCAUGUCCGACUCACUGAAGGAGGAAUACGGCACGGAGUACUUCGACUACGUCAUGAGGUCCAUGUGCUCCUGGUCUGGCCAGGGCUCGUCCGACCUGCAGCCCGUCCUGACAGCCGUUGAGGACGCCAUGACGAUGCCCCAGCCCCGGGAGAGAUACGUCGCCGCGCCUUUCGCGGUGCAGUACUUCCUUCUCUUGCUGUUCAUGCUGCCCACCUCCUGGGUGGACCUCUUCUUCAGUUUUAUGUCCGGUAGGUCCAGCCUGCCCCGGGUCCAGAAGGAGCCCCAGACACCACUGGCGUCGCCUCUGCCGCCCUCCGUGACGCCUGAUGAAAACGACAACGUCAUCACUGUCAAUGGGAGCGCCGCCUCCAACGGAAACGUGGAGCUGUAGAGUCGCCCACGUUGCAGCCACCACCUUUGUAACCAGGGUAACAAAUGUGGUACUGUUGAUUGACGAACAAAGGAAUCAUGUGAUUCAGACUACAUUUGUCAUAGGCAGUGCCGUAAUGAAAUCCAAGAUGGCUGCCCUCAUUCAAACAGUUUACAAUGGAAGUACUUAUAUUAGAUGGUUGUAGCCACAUAGGGCAGUGUUGUACUUGGGUAACAAUGUAAUUUUACAGCUCUGUUUUACAGGAGGCAUUAAUUUGCAUAUCCUGUGGUUUUUGUACCAGAUAAACAUCACGAUUCCAAUUACCUCGUUAACGCUAAAAAAUAUUUGAAACUGUCAUGCAGUUAUUAUGUAUACGCCUAUGAAAUAUAUAUAUAGUUUUAUCUUUAAGUUUUAACUUGCAAGCUUGAGUCGCGUUUAUAAAAGGCAAGGUGUGUGGAUAUGUUUGUACAUACAAUUUCGUAGAUUAUUUUUAACAUUCAGUGUAUAUAAACCGUACACUGGCGAUUCAAACCAUGCGACUUUUUCACACCUCAAAACCUACCUGAAGUUCUUAGGAAAGGCGCUGAAUAUUUGACGGAGACCCUCACUUACACUGGAGUAAUCUUAAACCUAAAAAGGGAUUUGAUUUCGUAAACUUUGUAGGGAGGUCUGAAUGGCAUUAAAAGUUUAAUUGAUCGGCCGCAACUUUUGACCUUAAGGUUCAUGAUUUAUAGGCUCAAGUUGAGUCGAGCAAAGUAUUCUGAAAGGUCAUUCGGCAGUGGAUGACCUUCAUAUUUAACGUACAAUUGAAAUUGAAUUUGACAGGGUAGAUAAAUACGUGAGGACUGCAUCCAUAGCUCCCCAAUAAUGUGACCCCUUUUUGACUUCGUUAUUGCACAUGAUCCGGGGACCUGUAGCUUUUGGCGUUAUUGCACGGGAUCCCAACUAUCCUGUGGCAGGAUCAGUGUUUAAUUAAAAAUCUAUUGUGUUUCACGUGCUUAUACCUUUUCAUUUAUUUUGGGAUAGCACGUUUUCGACUGCAUCCUAUUAUGAUAAUGAUUGUGCCCCGUUAUCCGGAUGAGCCGUGGAUUUACUCAUGCCGUUCAUCCCCCGACUGAACUUUCAAGUUGCCGAAACUAAAACCAACACGGAAGCCUCUCAGGUGAACUUCUUGAUUGAUUAUUUCCACAAUAACACUUCCAGCCUAAUUAGGCCUGGCGGCCUGUAGGGAACCAGGACGUGCCGACGGGCAGGUCAGUUCCCCCCUCUCAGUUCCCAUGGUGGGAACGUCUUUGCAGAUGUUCGUUUGCAGUGAAGGUAUUAGAAGGUUAUAUUUAACCAUGCAUUUUGACGAGUAACAGAGAAAAAGGAAGAAUCCAAAAGGUUCGACAGAAUGUCAAAGCCUGAAAGUCAAAGUGACAGACUUGUCACGCUGACAAGACUUAUUGUUUUCCAAAAUGACGGAGGUCCUUAUUUGUCUUUCUGACAAGAAAGUUUGUCAGAAUGGAAAUAUCGCAGAUUCUACUGAAUAGGUGAAAAUCCUGUCAUUUUAGACACCAAUCUGUGAAGCAAAUCGAGUUUCCCCCCGUUGUUCAGGCACCGUCCUUUCACAGAUAUAUUCACGAAGUCUGAGUUGUCCCCUCCCAAAUUUGCCCACCUUACUCUCAUUUCCAACAUGUAGACUUGGACAGAUUGUAAAGAACUACAUGUAUGUCCUUCUAGAUAAAAAAACUAACUUUAUAAAAAUCACACCAUUCCUUAGCCUAAACCCUUCUCGAAAUGGAUUGGUUUCUCCACAUAUUUCCCUUGAGUGCCUGAAUACCUUUGCUGUCGACUGAGGAUAACAGAAUGCAAGGAAAGAUUCGGAUACCGAAGACUGGAACGAAGACGAAACGAAGAUGCUCGUUUCACCCAUGGCUAUAAUAAAGUACCGUUAGUCUUUAACAGGUGUUGAAAAGUCGAUCCUGAUCUAUGUUCAUCGUUAUAGUGAGGACAUUACAGUGGAUCUGUUUAAUUAAACGCGAUAGGAGAAACAUUGCUAUGAUACUUGUGCUUACGGGCGAAUUACGGCUGAGAAGUACGAUCUCUUAACCGUUUUUAAUGACGGAGCUUUUUACAAGGAAAACGGAGACGCCACGAUUGCCAAGCACGCUAGAAAUUCCUCGUCCCGUGCCCCAUGCAAAGUUGCUCGAAACCAGUCAACAGUAGGCCCAAGUGCGUUUAGCACGAGCGGAGAUGGUUAGUACGCCGUCGCUGGUGAACCCAAAAUUAAAUGUUCUCAAGAUUUAAACGCGGGCCACCAGCGUGUAGUUCAAUCAAUGUACUGCACAAUUAGGUGAAACCCCCAUGUUCCAUUACCAUCAAUUUGUGAACGCUUUUUGUUUCAUAGGCAGAGGGCGCUGUUUAUUAUUGCAGAGUAGAUUUCUUUACACCGCAGCGUAUUUUAGGAACAAAAAAGCAGCGUAGGCCGACAGAUCCACUUGUUAAAAUAAAAAAGCGAGAUAAAAGUGCUUCUAGUACAGGAAUACCUCGAUCUUACUGUUGUAACAUAAGGCUAUACAUAUCUUAUUGUCGAUGUAAAUCUCGUAUUUGCUUUUAGCUUUUUGUGCGUCUUUUCAUACUCUUGAAAUAUUGAUUGUUAAGAAUCGUCGCAGACAUGGGAAGAUGCGUAACAGUUGUACAAAAUUUCAUGAUAGCGAAUUACAAAUGAGUAUGAAAAUGUGAAGUAAUUCAUUAGUGAGAAUGACAAUAUUGUGAGCAUUUCUUCUUGUGUUGUACCACUGUCAAAGUUAGUACACCACCUGACCAUUAUUUUGUGAGUAGUGGCGUAACUAUAUGUACGGGGGAGGCCGGGGGGAUGUGCCCCCAAGUGGAUACCCGUGCCCCCCCUUGAAAUCUAUGAAUAAUCUCCGUUGAAAUGCAGCUGCAGCGUGUUUCCUUGUGGUGCCCCCUUGAAAAAAUACGUGCACCCCUCAGGGGCCCAUCCCUGGACAUGUAGCCCUUGUUGCGCCAUUGCUUGCGAAGCGUUUUUCUAAUAUGUUCUGAGCGCAUAGGCUAUUGUUCUGUUCUGGUUGCUGUAAUAAAUUAUGUUGUUCAAUAGAGAGGUAACCCUGCCUGGUUCCCAGUCAUGCAGGCAUCUUUAUCGCACUUCAAAGAACCGCGCCUUCCUUUUCGAAAAACCUGCAGCUCCUUUGUUAUAGACUCAUGGCGAUUUUGUUCUCAGUAGGUAUUCGUAAUUUGGAAUGAUCCGUUAUUGUACAGUUAAAUCAUUACAUUUCAUUUUGCAUUUGAGAAAGAUUCUUCCAGGCCCUCCAUAUUUUCAGAUCAGUACAUUUUGAUUAAUAUGCGUUUUUCCCCUCUGCACGGAUUCUUCUUUUAUUUGUUGUUGUUUCUUCAUUUGCUUGCCUGUUUUCCCACAGCCACUUUUAGAAAGGUGGCUUGUUGAUUGUGCCCUACGAGGAAACCACUAAAAUAACCACUGUUUUGGUCUGAUACGUUUGCACACGGAGUGAGAUGGAGUUUUCGCACCACGUGAAAAAUAUAGUUUUGCUUUCUCUUGAAAUGUAGCUCAACCGCUUUUAUUUAAUGUUUGAAGCGAUUGCCAUAACAGGAGUGAGAAUUGUAGGGAACACUUUUUUAAAUACCCUAUUGAUGGCUUGUUUGUUUCAUAAAGCAUUUAUGGUUUUUGAUCUUAACGGGUUUCACUGCGUUUGAACUUCUGUAUCCAUUUUUGUAGUUCAAAACUUUCAAACUCCGUACAUUCUAGACAGAAAGUAUUUUUGCCAAAAACUAUCGAGUUCCGCUUUGCAUCUUUUUGUGUAACUUCUUAUUGGUGUUUGUAAUAAAUACACGGUCCAUCAUUUUUGCAA